AUGCACUGGGAGAAAUCGCCAUCAUCAUCACUGGCCAGGUCCAGGCCAUACCAAGGCGUCCGAGUCAGAGACCCAGUCAAAGAGCUUCUGAGGAGGAAGAGGAGUCUGGAGCCGCAAAGCACCAAGACAGUUCCCCCUCCUGCGGAUGUGGUCACGCACAACAGCCAAUCAUCAUACACGCAAGGCGUUUUUGGCUCUGAUGUUGCCACCGCCUCCCCAGCUGACUCAUUGGUUACAGUCAGUGAUGGAGGGUUGCAGUGCACGGGGUGGAAAGCUGCACCGUCCACCACCAGCGCCGGGCCUCAGCCUGCUGUAUCACACUGGUCUCCAUCUGAUUACAACCAGCAGGACCCCUCAACUCAAACUAUGGCCUACCCAGCUGCCCCCACCUUGACAGCUGAUGUGUAUAUGCAGACUCUGUGCCCCAGCUACACCAUGCUGACCUACACACACGCGCCACUGCUCACUAACUUCGGGACCAUACCUGUGGCAUCAGCACCAUCCUCCCUCCCUCAGAUGGAGCUGCCGGAUUCAGGGCUGACCUACUUCCCCUGGGCCCAGCCCCUCACCACCAUAUCCACCAUGCCUAGCCCAGGGGUCCAGUUUGCCCAGGGUUCUACAACCCUGCCUGGAUCACCUGUGGUCCACAUGCCUUUGUCCAUGUCUUUAGCCACCAUGAUCCCUCAGAUGGAGAGCCAGGGUGUGGAUCCUCAUCCUGAGAUCCUGGAGCUUCCACAACGUUCAGACCACCAGCUGGACCCUGUGCAACAAGACCAUAGUCUUGAUGAAGAUUCAGUGGUAGAGCCAGGAUCACCAAACCUACUGGAUAAACUUCUUGAGGAUCAAAAGGAAGAUGGUGAAGAGGAGGGAAAGGACUCUUUCAGUAGCUCGCUCUUCAUUCAGCAUGUCUGA